AUGUUUUUGCAGUUGCAGCAUACCCACCAGCCGGCCAUAGAGGGUCUAACGGCUGCGUGGACUAUGGUGGUGUUGGCGUUCUGGACUUGGUUGGUCAUGGUUGCAAGACUGGGGAACGGUAAUGAGAUCUUCAGAUUGAAAUUGGGAAGAUCAGGAGAUGAGACAGCUCGGCGCAAGACAACUAGCCAAGCGCAGGAUCAAUUGAGAGUGGAGAGGGUCUGUGGAAUGUCGAUGAGUUGUCCAGGCACUGCGGGCGAUAUACCUGGGCAGACAGUCCCUGCAAUUGAGGUGCCCCGGCCUGCAUACAUCAAAGACGAAGCCAGCAAUGCAAAGCUUUUCCGAUAA